AUGGCGGACCCAACAUACGGGCACAAUGAAGGUAGCUCACCAAGAUCAGUACAUGGGUCUGAAGAUGUCCCGCUAACGAUGUUCCCAUCAGACAUGCAAAUCAUGGAGAACGACCUGAUGAACUUGACCACGGCGCCGGGUGGUCAGUCAACAUUCUUCGAGGAGCCCGCUGGGUUCAAUCUUGACGACUCAUUCGAAUUAUUGACUAGCUAUCCGGCAUCUGCACAGUCCACUUCUCAAACAGUAUCUCCCAAGGAUGUCAUGAUUGAUAGCAUGUCUGCGCCUCCUUCCACCACCAUGACCAACUUGACAACUCCUGACACUUCCACCUACGACUCGCCGUAUAUUCAUCACAGCACCGAGGCUUCACCGUUCUACAAAGACGAAGAGCUUGAUGGAUCAGAUAGCUGGCAUCCCUUGUUCGAACCUAUGGAAGAGCAACCUCAAGGAGCUCCAAUGGCACAUUCCUUAUCGAACAAUUCUUCUUCGAGCGCAGUCCCUCACUACACAACUAGUCCCGCUUCUGUCACUGCUUCUCCUGCUCCAUCGAUGUCGAGAACAUUCUCUUCGCCUGGCCAAAAGGCCUCCAACUCUGGACGGCAGCAUAGCUUCACAUCUGGGGUGCGGAAAAGGGAGAAGCCUCUGCCAGUCAUAACUGUCAAAGAUCCUAACGACACGAUUGCCGUCAAGCGAGCACGUAACACAAUGGCGGCAAGGAAAUCCAGACAGAAACGGCUUGAGCAGAAGGAGAACUUAGUAGAAGAAAACGAAUCAUUACGACAACAGCUCGAGCGGGUGGAAGAGGAGCACCAAAAUGCCAGUGUCACUUCAUCGCGGUAUACCUUCAAAGUCAUGAAUGAAGUCGUCACGGCCAGAUCUGCAAGGAUUGAUUAUAGCUCUCACACCGAUCUGGAAUCCUCAACUCCUCCGGCUAUCCCAAUGCUUCGGCCCGCUUCUCGCAGCAAAGAGCACGCACAAAAGUCUUAUCAGCCUUUCGACGACCGGAGACGCGUGCGAAUCAUAGUCGUAGGUGCUGGUCCUUCAGGACUAUUGUUCGCAUACAAGGUUCAACAAUCAUUCAGCGACUUGUCCUUGACAAUAUACGAGAAAAGCCCAGAAGUAUCUGGCACAUGGUACGCGAAUAGCUAUCCUGGCUGUACUUCUGAUAUUCCAUCUCAUAAUUACACUUUCUCGUUCGAGCCAAAGCAUGAUUGGCCUGCUCCCUACGCAAAAGCCACUGAUAUCAGAACAUAUUUUCAGGGGUUUUGUGGAAAAUAUUCCCUCAGUCAGUAUAUCAAGUUAGAGCACGUCGUUCUUGGAGCCCGAUGGCUGGACGACAAGCAUCAUUGGAGAAUUGACGUAAAGAAUCUGCGAUCAGAAAUCGUCUCUAGCCAGACUUGCGAUAUCUUCAUUAAUGCGGGUGGUUAUCUGUCUCAUCCGAGCUUUCCCAAUGUACUAGAUCUCGAUGUCUACAGGGGAAAGCUGAUGCAUAGUGCGGCUUGGGAUCAGUCUUAUGAAUUGACAGGGAAGAAAGUGGCACUGAUAGGGAACGGUGCUUCUGGAGUUCAGAUCCUUCCUGCCAUCCAACCAUACGUCAAAAACGUCACUUUCUUCAUGAGAUCACCAACCUGGAUACUACCGCCUGUCUCGGACAUUCAGCACCUGUACUCAAGCGAAGAACUCGCAAGUCUGAGAGAUCCAGAGACGUACAAUGCUCUCCGUGAUCACAACGAGGCCAUCAUCAAUGACUACUUUGAUCAUUAUUUCCGCGGAUCUCCUCAACAACACGCAGCGCUCUCCCACUACAACCAAAGACUCCGCACUUUCCUCCCACCGCACCUACCAAGAGCCCACCUAUUCCCCGACUCGGGCUCUUCCUGCCGUCGCCUUACAGCCGGAGCAGGCUACCUCCAAUCCCUCUCCGCUCAAAACGUAAUCACCAACUUCGGCAGUGUCACCUCUCUCACUCACGACGGCUGUAUCGAUUCGUCAGGCACCCCGCACGCAGAUCUCGACGCCAUCAUUUGCGCCACGGGCUUCGAUACCACUUCGAUCCCGCAAAUCCCAAUUAUUGGCUUAGAUGGGAUGAACAUGCAGGCUUCGUGGCGUCCUCGGCCGCGCUCAUAUCUUGGUGUUGCUGCUGACAAGUUCCCUAACCUUUUCACGUUGUUGGGACCGUACUCGCCGACUGUGAAUGGGACGGUGCUCCCGGCGUUAGAGGCACAGGUUGACUAUAUCCUCUUGCUGGUCGAGAAGUGGAGCAUGGAGAGCGAUAUCAGGUAUCUGAUGCCGAAACGGGAGGUUGUGGAUGAUUUUCUCGCUCAUCACGGAAGGUACUUUGGUGAGAAGCCGUGGCUAAGGAGAUUUGAUCCUGAAGAAGAUGGUUUCAAAGGACCGUGGAUAUGGCCAGGUACUACGUUGCAAUAUAUCCAGACGCUGAAGGAGAGCAGUCUGCGUGGUUGGGAUUCCGCAUAUGAUUUUGUCAGAUCUACUUGA